UCCCAGAGUGAAGAAAUGUCCAACAGCAGCUCCAUCAGCCACUUCCUCCUGCUGCCAUUGGCAGACACGCAGCAGCUGCAGCUCCUGCACUUCUGCCUCUUCCUGGGCAUCUCCCUGGCUGCCCUCCUGGGCAACGGCCUCAUCAUCAGCGCCGUAGCCUGCGGCCACCACCUGCACACCCCCAUGUUCUUCUUCCUGCUCAACCUGGCCCUCACUGACCUGGGCUCCAUCUGCACCACUGUGCCCAAAACCAUGCACAAUUCCCUCUGGGACACCAGGAACAUCUCCUACUCAGGGUGUGCUGCACAGGUGUUUUUCUUUCACUUCUUCCUCUCAGCAGAGCUUGCUCUCCUGACUGUCAUGUGCUACGACCGCUACGUGUCCAUCUGCAAACCCCUGCACUACGGGACCCUCCUGGGCAGCAGAGCUUGUGCCCACAUGGCAGCAGCUGCCUGGGCCAGUGCCUUUCUCUAUUCACUGCUGCACACAGCCAAUACAUUUUCCCUGCCCCUGUGCCAGGGCAAUGCCCUGGGCCAGUUCUUCUGUGAAAUCCCACACAUCCUCAAACUCUCCUGCUCACACUCCUUUGUCAGGGAACUUGGGCUUAUUGCUUUUGGUGUCUGUUUAGCUUUUGGCUGUUUUGUGUUCAUGGUUUUCUCCUAUGUGCAGAUCUUCAGGGCUGUGCUGAGGAUCCCCUCUGAGCAGGGACGGCACAAAGCCUUUUCCACCUGCCUCCCUCACCUGGCUGUGGUCUCCCUGUUCCUGAGCACUGGUAUAUUUACCUACCUGAAGCCCCCCUCCAUCUCCUCCCCAUCCCUGGAUCUGGUAGUGUCAGUUCUGUACUCGGUGGUGCCUCCAGCCCUGAACCCAUUCAUUUACAGCCUGAGGAACCAGGAGCUCAAGGCAGCAAUGUGGAAACUGAUGGCUGGAGGAUUUCAGAAACAUGAAACUACUUGCAAAUUUCUGCAAGUUAAUUGUAAUAAAAGUUAUCUUUGA